CACACAUCCUCAAGCUGCCUCCAUCACCCGAUCCUCAACAGGCAAUAGCGGCUGCAGCCUCCCACAACUGGAGCUAGACACGCACUGCCGCUACAACCUCCCUCUUUGCGACCCCGAGCACAGCAGGAUCGGACAGCGGGCCGAGAGGCUGCGGGACGACGUAAUUUGGCUUCCUUUGGCGUUGACUGUGCUUCUACUGGCGCAAAUAUGUGUGUCAGCUGGUACUGUCCCCUUCAUUCCCCACAUGGCGCGUUGUGUAAAGCGAGGGGGCCACAGCAGUGAGGGGGGGGGGGCAUCCCCAGGGCAUGGGCAGUAGCGUGGCCAGCGAGGUCAACUCCACCACCACCUCAGAGCAUAAGCAGGAAGCCACCAUGCGUAGCGUAGGAACCCGUACCACCCAGAACAGCCUGCCUCGGGCCCCUCCCCCACCACCCUCCUCUUCUUCUUCUUCCUCUUCAUCCUCCAAUGCCACCUCGUCCAACCACCGGGGCUGGGGGGCUGGAUUAGAAGACCGUAGUUACAACUCGGACCGCCCUUCCCAGCCUCUUACCCACGCCAAAGGCAUCACGGCGGAUGAGCGCACCUUUGCACAGGAGAACUCUGCGUACUACAGCACUGACCGCCCUCCACCACAUGAGGGCGGAGACAGGAACAAAGGUGCUGCCCACAACAAUGUUAACCAGGUGGUGUCCAAUGGUAUACGGGCAGUUAAUAAUGGAAACCGGGGGGUGACAGCAGGGGGCAACGGCGACAGACAGGUGUCAAACUCUGCUUUUGUGAAUGGAGGGGCACGGAGAGACGGACGAGAUAUGCCCCGAGGGGCGUUGAGUUUGGAUAUAUGUGGGAACAAUGUGGUGAGCACAAACAACGAUAAGAACAGCAGGCAGCACAUGGCGCAGUACAAGGAGGCUGGUGCCAGGGCUGGUGCCAAGCUGGACAAUCACAACAACCCCCCUAACAUCCUGCCCAUGUCUGGGAAGCUGGAGCAGGUACAGAGCACCGAUGGACUGGUCCGACCCUCAGCCUUCAAGCCAGUGGUUCCCAAAAGUUUCCACUCCAUGCAGAACCUUGUGUGCCCUCCUCAGACUGGUGGGGGGGUUGGAGGGGGAGGCCACAGCGCAGGUGGUGGAACUCCAAGUAUGCCCGGCCCCCUGAGGAACACGGACAGCCCCGGGAGUCGAGGAGGCCAAAGAGGUGGAGGAGGAUGUGGAAGAGGAGGAGGCCAGGGGUGCCUCUCUGACUCGGGAAGGAACUCUCUUACCAGCCUGCCUACCUACGCUGGCUCCAGCUCGGGCUAUGGCCCACCGCCAAUCCUGGGGCCCCUGAGCGCCUCCACCAGCCAUAUUAACAGGCUAGGGGCCACCGGAGCUCUAGAUAAAAUGGACAAGCCCGGGCCAGGCGGGGCCAGUGGUGGAGGGGGUGGUGGCUACCAGAAUGGACUGAGCGCCUCAGACAGUGGCCAUUCCUCCUCAGGGAAAAGCUCCUCAUCCUACCAGAGGAUGAGCCACCUGAGCGACGUUCCCGGACCACUACGCCCUUCCCCUUCCUCUGAUGAUGUCAUUCAAGACCUGGAGGAUAGGCUGUGGGAGAGAGAGCAAGAGGUUCUGCACAUGCGUCGUAACCUGGACCAGAGCGAGGCGGCCAUCGUCCAGGUGUUUGAGGAGAAACAGCGUGUUUGGGAGCGCCAGAUGGAUGAGCUAAGACAGAACUAUGCCUCCCGUCUACAGCAGGUUACACGGCGAGCACAGCGUUCCCAGAGUGCCCUGCAGGCCCAGAUCAGCCGCCUGUCGCAGGACAAGCGAUGUCUACAGGAGGAGAUGGCCGCACUGCUGGCGCAGAGGGAGGAUCUUGAACGGAAGUGUCUAGAUUACAGGAAGGAGCAGGCCGACAUCCUGCCCCGCAUUGAAGAGACCAAGUGGGAGGUUUGCCAGAAGGCAGGGGAAAUCUCCCUUCUGAAGCAGCAGCUGCGGGAGAGCCAAGCGGAGGUGACCCAGCGGGCGGGCGAGAUGGUGGCCCUUCGGGGCCAGCUAAAGGAGCUCAACGCCCAGCUGAGGGAAAGGGAGGACGCCAUGCUGGGCCUUAAGGAUUCCUACACCAGCAAGACCCUAGAGUUGGAUAGGUGCGAGGUGGAGCUGCAGAAGACGCUGAAAGAGGUCUCCCUGCUUAGAGACAAGCUGGGUGUAUUUGAGGCAGAGGUGUUAGGUCUCAAGCGGGCUUUGGGGGAACUCAGCAUGGGUGGAGGUGGGGGAGUUGAGGCCAUUGGGGGAGGUGAAGGUGGGAGCAGGGGAACAUCCAGGACAAGGGGGGGGCUUCCCUCCCCACACAGCCCACAAGAGGCCUCUGCCUUCUCUUAUCCAGCACUCCCUCCACCUCCUGUGCCACCUCCAGAUGCAAUGCUAAGCCUCCAGAGUGAUGAGGCUAAAGUCCAGCAGCGCCAGGAGGCCCACCAGCGUCAGGAGGCCUAUAUUCACCAUGGCCAGGAGGCCUCAUGGGAAGAGGCAGGGGACCUGCGCAGGCAGCUAGAGCGCCUUCAGGGCGAGCUUCGUCUGGAACGGCAGCAGCGCGAGCGACAGGCACUCAACUUCAAGAAGGAGCGCCACACAUGGAUGGAUGAAAAGGAACGUGUGCUCAAAUACCAAGCGCAGCUGCAGCUUAGCUACGUAGAGACGCUGCAGAAGAACCAGGCUCUGGAGCUCCGUGUGGGGCAACUGGGGGGCAGGCUCAGCACCUCUUCCUCCAUUGCCAACACCCCCUCUACCUCCACCUCUUCGCCACCCCCAGGACUGGCUCUGGGCCCCAUUCCCCUGCCUGCCCCUGCCACCCCUUUGCCCACCCUCUCUUUGUCCCCCUCCCCACCUCCCACCACUCCUGAGGACAAAAAGCCCCCCUCCCUCCACCAGCUGGCUCCUCCCUGGCCUGUUUCCACCCGUCUGGAGAGGAUAGAAUCCACCGAGAUCUAACUUCUACAAUGAAUGUGGUUUUACAAACACUUCAAUUAAAUUCAUAUCAAGCAUUCUCCUCAUACCAUAAACCUACCACUGUUAAACAAAAUUGUAAUAACAGAAUUUAUUCAGUGCUACUAAAUAGCACUCCUGAUUACUACUUACUACACUGGAGUGGUCCUAGGACGCACUGCACUAUGGGAUGACGUAGAAGGGGCAUAAAGGAUUUUGGGCUAAACAGAGUUUUUGGAAGGGGGUGGUGGCGGGGGUAUUAUAUGGCUAGUUGAGGGGGGGCGAUAU